AUGUUUCAACCGAAUAUGUUUGAGAGUCAUCAUCAUAUUCUUGAUAUGAGCCAUAAAGCCCAAGAAAAUGAACUCGACAUGUUAAGAGAUGAUGAUUAUGAGAGCAAAUCCGGCACUGAUAUCAUGGAAGCUCACUCCGGCGAUGAACAAGAUCCUAAUCAACGACCCAACAAAAAGAAACGUUACCAUCGUCACACUCAACAUCAAAUCCAAGAAAUGGAAUCGUUUUUCAAAGAAUGCCCACAUCCAGAUGAUAAGCAAAGAAAGGAACUUGGCAGAAGAUUAACCUUGGAGCCUUUGCAAGUCAAGUUUUGGUUCCAAAAUAAACGCACUCAAAUGAAGGCUCAACACGAACGCCAUGAGAACACACAGUUGAGGAAUGAAAAUGAAAAGCUACGAUCUGAAAACAUACGCUACAAAGAAGCCCUUGCGAAUGCUACUUGUCCAAAUUGUGGAGGUCCUGCUGCUAUUGGAGAGAUGUCUUUUGACGAACAACAUUUGAGGAUAGAAAAUGCUCGGCUACGUGAAGAGAUUGAUAGGAUAUCGGGAAUAGCUGCAAAAUAUGUUGGAAAACCAAUGUUGAGUUACCCAAAUAUGUCGCCUCAUGGUUCAACUCGCUCACUUGACCUUGGGGUGUCUAGCUUUAGCCCACAACAGACUAUGGUUGGAGAUAUGUUUGGUGCGAAUGACCUUCUUCGGUCAGUUUCAGGCCCAACUGAAGCUGACAAACCAAUCAUAAUCGAAUUAGCAGUUGCAGCGAUGGAGGAGCUAAUAAGAAUGGCUCAUGCGGGUGAACCCUUGUGGGUUCCAAGCUCGGAUAACUCAUCCGAGACUUUGAGUGAAGAUGAGUACUUGAGGACAUUUCCCCGAGGGAUUGGUCCAAAACCAUUGGGAUUGAAGUCCGAGGCUUCAAGGGAAUCUGCGGUUGUCAUCAUGAAUCAUAUCACUCUUGUUGAAAUUCUAAUGGAUGUGAAUCAGUGGUCGAAUGUGUUUUCUGGCAUCGUUUCAAGAGCAAUGACCCUGGAAGUGCUGUCAACUGGAGUUGCUGGCAAUUACAAUGGAGCUCUCCAAGUGAUGACAGCGGAGUAUCAGGUUCCUUCACCACUUGUUCCAACCCGAGAAAACUACUUUGUGAGGUACUGCAAACAACACGCCGAUGGUACUUGGGCUGUAGUCGAUGUAUCUUUGGACAACUUGCGGACUUCAUCAAUUUCAAGAUGUAGAAGAAGGCCUUCUGGUUGCUUGAUUCAAGAACUUCCCAAUGGGUACUCAAAGGUCACUUGGGUGGAACAUGUUGAAGUCGAUGACAGAGCUGUUCACAGUAUCUAUAGGUUACUUGUUAACUCCGGCCUUGCAUUUGGUGCAAAAAGAUGGGUAGCAACUUUGGAUAGACAAUGUGAGCGUCUUGCUAGCGCAAUGGCUAACAACAUUCCUGCAGGAGAUGUGGGAGUGAUAACCACUCCAGAAGGGAGAAAGAGUAUGCUGAAGCUGGCUGAGAGAAUGGUUUUGAGCUUUUGCAGCGGUGUCGGAGCUUCAACUGCACACACAUGGACAACUCUGUCAGGUAGUGGGGCCGAUGAUGUCCGGGUUAUGACCCGGAAGAGUAUGGACGACCCGGGAAGACCUCCAGGUAUUGUGCUGAGUGCUGCCACUUCCUUCUGGAUACCGGUUCAACCAAAACGGGUUUUUGAUUUUCUAAGGGAUGAGAACUCUAGGAGCGAGUGGGACAUUCUUUCAAAUGGUGGACUAGUUCAAGAAAUGGCACACAUUGCCAAUGGUCGUGAUCCAGGAAACUCUGUUUCUCUUCUUCGUGUUAAUAGUGCGAAUUCAAGCCAAAGCAACAUGCUCAUAUUACAAGAGAGUUCAAGUGAUUCUACGGGAUCUUAUGUUAUAUAUGCUCCAGUAGAUAUUGUAGCCAUGAAUGUCGUGUUAAGUGGGGGUGAUCCAGAUUACGUUGCUUUGUUACCAUCUGGAUUUGCUAUACUUCCUGAUGGACCUGGACAAGAUCAAGGAGGAAUUCCUGAGUUAGGAACUGGUGGAUCAUUACUAACGGUGGCAUUUCAGAUUUUGGUAGAUUCGGUUCCUACAGCGAAAUUAUCACUUGGAUCGGUAGCAACAGUUAAUAGUCUUAUCAAAUGCACAGUCGAAAGGAUCAAAGCUGCAGUAGCGUCUCCAUGAAGACAUUCAUGGGGUUUUUUUUAAAGAGAGUGUUUAAGGGAAGUGGAGAUGAAGAUGUAGACAGGCAGUGUUCACUCUUUCAUCUUUUGAACAAAAUGGAAGAAGUCAAGAACGCACCUAAAAACGACCCAUUGAAGUGUGGUGAUUCUGUCAAUCUGAAGUAACGGAUACAAGAAAGCACGGUGAUCAACAUCCUUCAAGGGUUAUGGGUUCGGGUAUUGACUUUGCCUAUCUUGAAAGAUGAAAGCGUAAACUAAGACCUUGUCACAGUUAAAACUUCCGGAUAUUUUCUUUUGCUUUAGGGUUUUAUCAGAGGUUUUUUUCUUAUUGUAAUUGUGUUUUGUAGUAUUUGGUUUUUAGUCUCAAGACCGUAUUUGGUUUCUAGUCUCCGGAUUUUUAAUCCUAAC